AUUUAAUCCACUGGCGCGCACUUUACUCACAAACCAUACAGCCCGAGUUGAUUUUUGAGAAGUUACUGAAUUUAUUUCUGGCUAUAUCAAGUAAAACAUGAGUUCAAUCACAAGGAUUAAGCAUGCAGAUAAUACAUCUGAAAACAUCAAGAAAUUCCUUGUGCCAACACCUGGAACCGGAUCAGGGAGGAGGACAUUCCAGGUCCUUCAGCCAUCAGCAGUAAAUAAGAAUCUGGGACGGAUAGUUGAGAAUGGCAAAGCUGUUCCCAAAAGGAAGAUGUGGAGCGAGGAGCAAGUAAAGUGCUCCAAGAGAGUCAAAGCAGAGGUCGCAGUAAAAUCCACAAGUCCAGAAAAUGAGAACCAGCCUGAAGGGAUCACCCAAGAAGCCUAUGAGCUUAUGAUCAAAGAAACUCCUGGCUCCUCAUACUGGAAGGAGGUAGCAGAAGAGAGGCGGAAAGCCCUGUUCAGUGUUCUCCAGGAGAAUGAAAAGUUGCACAAAGACAUUGAAGCCAAAGAUGAACAGAUGGCUCAACUGAAGAAUGAGAAUGAGGAGUUGCAGGAGCUGGCACAGCAUGUACAACACAUGGCCGACAUGAUUGAAAGAUUAACCGGUAAGAGUCCAGACAAUCUAGAGGAGCUGCGAGAGAUGGCCUUUGAUGCAGAGGUUGAAGGUGAAGAAUAUGAAGAUGAGGCAAAUCAAAAAGAAGAGAGUCAAGAAAGUGUGGAUCUGGGCCCAGAAAAGACAUCUGACCAUGAUGUGCAAGAUAAGGAGGAUUCCACAACAGAAGAGAGCUGUUUGAAAGCUCCUUUAGAAAAUAUUGAAAAGAACUGUGAGACCAGUGGUUUUGGUCGGAAAUGAUUUCUCUUUAGUUUAUUUGCCUUGCGGAAAAAAACGUGCACCUUGUUUUAAUACUUUAUUUUUCUUUCUUUAAAUUGGCUUUA